AUGGGUACAAAAUCGUCCAAGAAUCCAGAGCCUGGGGACCUGAUUGAGAUCUCUCGUGGAGGCUAUCAGCACUGGGCCGUGUAUGUUGGUGAUGGCUAUGUUGUUCAUUUGACGGCAGCCUGUGGUUCCAGUCCCAAUGGUUUGUCGUCUCCUCCGAAUAAGAAGGCCCUGGUGAAGAAAGAGAAGCUGCAGGACGCAGUUGGAACAGAUGAGUGGAAAGUCAACAACAUCCUGGACAAGAAGUACAGACCGCGGCCGGUGGAUGUCAUCGUGAGAGAGGCCUGUGCUCGGGAGGGCCAAGAGCUGCCGUACGGCAUCGCCACAAGGAACUGUGAACAUUUUGCCACUGAGCUGCGCUACGGCAAGGCAGAGUCCCAGCAGGUAGUGACGGCAUUCUAUUUGAGUGUGCUAAACCCGUUGGGACUGGCCACCGCAAUGGCUGUGGAUGCCAUAGCUCACCGUGUCCUGAAGCUGGCUGGCUCGAUGUCAAGGAACAAAAAAAAAAGAAGACAAAGCCACACACUGAUGCAAAGCCCAGCGUCGACUCCUCAGAGAAGCUGAACUCCCAGAUCUUCAGCCAAGUGUCACUGAUACCACUGCCUAAAUA